GCUGACGCAUCCGCCUCCUCGCCUCGCCUCCACUCCCAUCGGACGCGCCGCCGCCGCCGCCGCCGUCGCCACCGCCGGGUUGGUCUCCUCACCGGCGCAUCCGGGGAAGCUACGGGUUAGCAAGCGCUCAUGGACGGGAGCCGCCGGAAGCGGCAGCGGCGAAGACCACGGCCGCCGUCGCCGCAGGCCGAGCCCUCGCCAACGGAGCUCACCGCUCUCGGCCAAAGGGAAGUUUCUGUUGCAGAAAGGCCCUUUAAGAAAACCUGCCACUCAUCAGUGUCUACAUCCUCUACCAUGUGUGAACCCCAUGUUUGGCCAGGUCUCAUGGACAGCAUGCUUCACCAAAUCAUUGCUUUGCUUAGCUCAUUCCAGGACUUGCUUGCUUUUAGUGGCACUUGCCGCUCUUGGCGAGCUGCAUUAUCUUCCUUCCCAUCCAUAUAUACUUUCACCUUCCCACCUCUUCACCUGAAACCAGAUAUACCUAAUUCCCAUCCCCAUUGCAGCAGUUUUAGGUACACUCUUUUAUAUAAAUGCAGAUGGCAGCUUGGUGAUCCAUCCAAGAGAACUUUAUCCCUUCGCUGUUCAGCUCCACAAAAUACUCCAAAUCGCAUGCGCUAUUUGGGUUGUUCAUAUGGGUAUCUCAUCUUCUCAUAUUAUGAGAAUUGCCUCCUUGUUGAUAUGUACACUGGCGCUAAGGUGAAGCCUCCCAAACUACAAUCCGCAGGCAACAAGGAAACAUACUAUGGCAUCCUUACUGCUCCACUUAAUUUGCCAAUAUCGCAUCUCCUACUUUGUUCGAGAUCGUCCAUAUUCUAUUGGCAGGUUGGAACGAAUUCUUGGUCAGAGCACCCUUUUGGCGGUGAGCGCAUUCUUCAGAUUGUGCUCUUCAAAGGUGAGUUUUUUGCGAUGGACUUUCAUCACAGGCUCCAUACCAUGCGCUUUGCACCUCAGCUCAGCAUGCAGGAAGUAGGGGUUGUGUGGGGAGAAGAAAUGUUUGUGGGUGUACAUUUUAAGCCGUGGCUGGUGAUCAGCGGUGACAUGCUUCUCAUGCUUGACCUCUCAGUAGGCAUUCACCAUUCGUAUGGUUUCCCUGGCACCUUUCAAGUCUUUCGUCUUGACUUUUCUGCUCAAACAGCCAAGUGGAUGAAGAUGGAAAAGUUGGAAAAUAGUGCUCUAUUUGUCAGCCUUGAUAGGAGGAAUCCUACGUUCUCUUGCACGAACCCUGAAAGAUGGGGCGGAAAGAGUAACUGCAUUUAUGUUGCGAAACCAUCUGAAGAUUCUGAUGAACCUUGGACUGCAGUCGAGCUUGGUCAGCCAAUUCCUGGUGCAACACAUUGUGUUCCAUACAGUCAUCCACUCCUGCGAACUGAAGGCCAUUGCAGUCAACUAGAGUACCUCUGGGUGCUCCCCAGUUUUAUUAAUGGUGUUGACCAGUGAUCUAUCAUCUUUGUUUUGUCAUCAUGUUUUAGCCAUCAUUGCAAAGCCCUUUCCUUACUGCUUGUUAGAUUUAAUAGGUUAUGUACCUGUAAUGGCUUCUUGACCUGGCAUAUAUGGAUUCUUGUACAUCGAAGUUGUAUUGUCGUGCAGUUUCCAUGCUUAGUUCUUGCUUCGCUUGUACGCAUAGUUGGCUUGUGUUCUGUGACCUUGUGAAUGCAGGCUUACGAUUUUCUCUUCUUUUUUCGAAGACUGCUUACUGAAUGUCAUAUUAUCGCUUGCGAGUUGCGACUUGCACAAUUUACCUUUAAGUUGGAUUAUAUGAAUAUCAUUGAUAUUUGUUUCAUGAA